AUGGAAUAUCUUGAAAAUCUAAGAUAUUUCAGUUGCCAAUAUAUUAUUUUUUUUUAUGGAGUAAUAAUUUUCAUACCAUUAAUUAUUAUAUCAUGUAUUAAAAAUGGCCCUGAAAAAGAAAAAAGUGUUAAAUCUUGUCAAAAAAAAGUUAUAUUAAAUGAAGAAACAAAAUUAUCAAAUACUUCAUAUAAAGAAACAGUUAUAGUUGAUAAAAAAAUAUGUUUUCGUUUUGCAUAUAUACUACAAAUUGGAAUAGCAUAUGUUAAUUGUGUUGGAUGUUCAAAAAAAAUAAUUAAAGACAUGGAUAUGUUUGAGGCUCCAACUAAUUCUAUACAAAAUUAUAUGAAAUCAAAGAAAGAAAAAAAACAAUUAGUUGUUAGUUGUUUUUUGAAUACAAAACAAAUUAAUGAUUUAUUGAAAGAAUUUAAAAAUGCUAAAGAUACCAAAUUAAAAGUUUCGCAAACAUCAUCUAAAAAACCUGUGUUAGGUAAUACAUAUGUCUAUAGAACAGAUGAUGAAGUCACAGGAAUUGAUAGAGUUGUUAAAAAUACAAUUACAAACUCUAAUACUUCAACUAUAGAAAGUUUAAUAGAGGAUGAAAAUAUGUUAGGGAGAAUAAUACAAAAUGGACCCAGACCUUUUGAUUAUAAAUUUGAUGAGUUGGCUGAUAUUUUAAGAAAAGCAACAAAUAUUGUUUCAAAAGAAUCAUGUCUUAUUGAAUGUUCUAUACCAUGUGCUGUUUAUGGUGAUAUUCAUGGACAAUAUUCAGAUUUAUUUCGUUGGUUUCAAAUAAAUGGAUGGCCUUCAAAGACUAAGUCAAUUUUUUUGGGUGAUUAUGUAGAUCGUGGUAUUUAUGGUGUUGAGGUUAUUGGUCUUUUAUGUGCCCUAAAAAUUGAGUUUCCGGAUAAUAUUUAUUUGAUUAGAGGUAAUCAUGAAGAAGAAAGAAUAAAUAGAAAUUAUGAAUUUUAUCAUGAAGUAUUAUAUAAAUUUGGUAUAACACAAGGCGAAGAAAUGUUUAAAUUAUUUAGUACUUUUUUCAGUUAUCUUCCAUUAAGUGGUUUAAUUGGUGGAAAAAUUUUAUGUAUGCAUGGUGGUAUAUCACCUAAAUUAACUUCAUUAGACACAAUAAGAAAUAUUAUCAGACCAAUAUCUUCUUUUACUAAUAAAACAUUAGCCUGUGAUUUGGUGUGGAGUGAUCCUUGUAAUAAUAGAAAAACUCCUGAAUAUACACCAAACUUUGAUCGUGAUCAUAUUCAUGGUAUUGGUCAAUUAUUUACUACAAAAGCUAUUGAAAAUACCAUACAAAAUCUUAAUAUUGAUCUUAUAAUUCGCGCACAUCAAGUACCAUUAAAGGGAAUAACUAGUUUUGCUAAUGGUAAAUUAUUAACAGUUUUUUCAGCACCUGGAUAUCAGGGGGAUAAUGCUUUUAACAUUAAUUGGGGAGCAUCUUUAUUUAUUAAUGAAGAUUUUAAUAUAACAAUAAAUAAAAUAAGAGUUACUCGAAAGUGUAGGAUGAAUAGAAUUAAAGCUAUUAAUGCUCGUAAAGCUAAUAAACAAAAAAUAUUGCUUAAAUAA